AUGGUUUCACACGCCAUCAAAGGUCAUUCUUGGCUUUUGUGUCCUUCGUACAUCUUCCUCGUCGAACACCCACCCACUGGCCGCAAAGUCCUCUUUGAUCUCGGGGUGCGCAAAGACUUCGAAAAUCUCUCACCUCCUAUUCAGAACUGGAUGAAAGAGAGUGGGACGACGUGCAGCGUGGAGAAGGAUGUGAAAGAGAUCCUCGAAGAAGGCGGGGUUAAAGCAGGUGAAAUCGAGAGCAUCAUCUGGAGCCAUUGGCACUGGAAUCAUAUCGGCGAUCCAAGCCGAUUUCCCACAAGCACUUCGCUGAUAGUCGGCCCGGGUUUCAAGGAUAUUCUGACGCCGGGCUACCCUACGAACCCAGGGUCCCCAGUCCUUGAUUCCGAUUUCGCCGGCCGUGAACUCCGUGAACUGAGCUUCGCCGAGUCAACUAUCAAAGUCGGAUCGUUUCCUGCCAUCGACUACUUCGGUGACGGAAGCUUCUACAUCUUGGACGCGCCAGGUCAUACCGUUGGUCAUGUUAACGCUAUUGCGCAGGUGACAACCAGCCCGGAUAGCUUCAUCCUUAUGGGCGCUGACACCUGUCACCAUAGCGCCGAGAUGAGGCCAUCCGCAUGCAAUCCGCUGCCCGACUCGAUAUCGCCACAUCCAUUUCAUUCGGGCAAUGUGACUCCCUGCCUUAGCGCACUGUUCAAACCCAUCCUCUGA